AUGUUUAGCGUUCCGGUUCGUAAAAAAAAUACGUUUAUCGUUCCGGUUCAAACAAAUUUUUACUGUCACCUAAAAACCAAAACGAGUUUAAAAAAUGCUGCUAUUUCAUUAGAAGUACAAAUUUUGAAAAUUGGUAGAAUUUUGUCAGUUCGAUGGGUAGCAUCAAGCAAACGGACAGUUAAUGCAGUCUUAAAUAAUUUUUCUGCUUUGUGUGAACAUUUCAACUUGGCUUCAAUGGACCCUACCAGAGACUCUAAAGGAAGAAGUAAAUACUGUGGAUUGUUUAAAAUGAUAACAAGUAUAGAAUUUGUUAGUAAUUUAAAUACCAUGUCUGAUGCUUUAGACGAAUUAGGAGAUUUAACAGAAUAUUUACAAAAACGUAGUAUUACGUUAGUAGACGCUGAUAAAUCUAUAAGAACAACAAUACGUGUAUAA